AUGCCUACCGCUCUAUACGUAAUGAUCGAAGAUGUCGUCGCCGUUGACGGCGGUGGCGGCCAGAUGUAUCGAUAUGCGCUCCGAACCCGGUAUCUAUCCAGUCCGUACUUCCGACGGAUGCUUGUACAGAUGAACUUCUUCUGGACUGGGGGAUCCAUCGUCUUUGCUGCUGCAUUUACAGCGAUUAUCUUCACCGUCUCGGAACCAGUCGCCUUUACCUUAGGAUGGACCUUGCCGUUUGCUUGGGCAGGAGUGUGGACUAUUAUCACCAUUCCCUGGGUACAGAGCGACCUCCGUCGCGAAAAGAAAGCUUGGCGGGAAAACCGAGGCCAAGGAGGCAUCCGUUACACAGACGACAUCACAGCGCCAACCGACCCGACCCGACUCGAAACCGUACACGCCCAUUUGCCGAGCUUCUUCCCCUGGGGACGAGAGAAAACAUCGGCACCAGCUUCCCCAUCCGAAGAGCGUUCGACUGCAUAA